GCAGCUCUAGGCAUGAAGGUGGUUUCUGCACCAGAAUUGUCCACAGAGUGCAUUGAAGAGAAAUCCUCCGCAGCUGAGAUGGAGGAAAGCCAUGUGGAAGAUUUUGUCAUUCCAGAGGAAUCCUGCGAAGUGGAGAUGGAGGAAAGCCCCAAACAUACCAUCAUACAUGUUACUCCCUGCAACAGGGAGUAG